AGCUCAUACAAGUCAAUACGCUCGUGAAUGAGGAUCUCCAGCUGUACACUCGGUAGUUGUCCAACGCGGGCUAUUGCGUUAUGUGCAUGGUGGUUUCGUUCUCUUACCAAUAACUCUCCAAAGGCUUUUUCGCAAGUGAUGAAUAUUCUGAAUUGCGUGGCUGAGGAGACCUGCGGCUGAUACCAGUACAAACUCACAGGUUUCAAUUUUCAUUGGUACACUUUCUUCAUCGGAGAGAGAGAGAGUCAUCUCGAAAGUGCGCGCUUUACUCUAAAGGGAUAUUACGUAUUACGGAUUCUACGUGCAGUUUUUCAUUCUGAGGACAACAUGCCUCAGACGCCACUGCUGACCGGCAUGCUGGUCUCCAGGGGUUACAACAAUAAGAAUCUGUACCAGAGUCCGAACCAGACCAAGGAGGAGGGAUACGGUAACGCAGGACUGUGUUACCGUGACAACGCCCUUGUGUCGGGCUCACUGGAGGCCCUCAUACACCACCUGGUCCCUAGUAUGGACUACUACCCUGACAUGACGUACUCUUUCACCUUCCUGCUCUCCUCUCGUCUAUUUAUCCACCCCUACGAGCUCAUGUCCAAGGUGUGUCACCUGUGUGUGGAGCAGCAGAGACUGAGUGACCCUCAGGCAGACAAGAUUAGGAUCAGGAAGUUGGCUCCCAGGAUCCUCCAGCUGCUCCAGGAGUGGACAGAGACAUUCCCCUACGACUACAGAGACGAGAGGAUGAUGAGGAGCCUGAAGGAGUUAACCCAACGCAUGGCCUCAGGAGAUGAGCUGUACAGGAAGGUGGUUCACCAGAUGAUUCAGGUCCUAAUCAGGAAGCUGACUACUCUGAGCCAGUACGAGGAGGCCCUGGUCAAGGUCAAUGCUACAGCCACAGACCGCCUGACUGUGCUCAAGGCCAAGCCUCAGGCCAUCCAGAGGGACAUGCUGUCCGUCUGCAACGACCCCUUCACCGUGGCACAGCAGCUCACUCACAUAGAACUGGAGAGACUGAGUUACAUCGGACCAGAGGAAUUCAUCCAGGCGUUUGAGAAGAAAGACCCUCUUGAUAAUGAUAAGAGCUGUUUCAGCGAUCACAAGAAGACUAGCAACCUGGAGGCGUAUGUAGAGUGGUUCAACAGACUCAGCUUCAUGGUGGCCACAGAGAUCUGCAUGCCCGUAAAGAAGAAGAAGCAGCGAGCACGAGUCAUGGAGUUCUUCAUCGACGUGGCGCGGGAGUGUUUCAACAUCGGCAACUUCAACUCCCUCAUGGCCAUUAUCUCUGGGAUGAACAUGAGUCCUGUGUCUCGACUGAAGAAGACCUGGAGCAAAGUCAAGACGGACAAGUUUGACAUCUUGGAGCUCCAGAUGGAUCCUUCCGGUAACUUCUACAACUACAGAACAGCGUUUAGAGGAGCGACGCAGAGGUCCAGAACAGCCAACAGCACUAGAGAGAAGAUCGUCAUCCCGUUCUUCAGCCUACUGAUCAAAGACAUCUAUUUCCUGAACGAGGGAUGUUCCAACAGGAUGCAGAAUGGACAUGUAAACUUUGAGAAAUUCUGGGAGAUGGCGAAGCAAGUCAGCGAGUUCAUGGUUUGGAAGAAGGUGGAGUGUCCGUUUGAGAAGGACCGUAAGAUUCUCCAGUAUCUGCUCACCGCACCGGUCUUCAGCGAGGACACUCUGUGUCUGGCCUCCUAUGACAGUGAAGGCCCUGAGAAUAAUAUGGAGAAGGACAGAUGGAAGUCUUUGAGAUCUACUCUGCUAAGUAGAGUCUAGAGUUUCUGAAGGAGGAACCAAGUCAACCCAGUCUGACAACCAAGCCCUGUGGGGAUGUCCAAAUAACAGAAUUCCUGUUUGGAUGGGAAACGACAAUCUGACCAGUUCUGUUUAGCAGAUCAGGAACUUUUCUGUUCUCCGGAGAGAUUGGUCUUCUUCAUGUUGUAUGUUUCCAGGAAAACUUUUUUCAUGUCUUUUCAAUGAAUUUCUAUACUUAAAUUUUUUGGGGAAACAAUAAGUUACGACCAUCGUGAGGAGGAGAGGAAAGUCCAGGGAAACUUUUUUGUCCUUUUGGCUACGUCUGUCGAAAACGUAACGAAACACACCAUGUAUUUACACUGUUGAUAAAAAUCUCCGGACAUUUUGAAGAUGUAUUUGACUUUCUACAGGAGUUGAGAGUUGGCUGCUGGAUGGCCAACUGAUUCAGUCCUAACGUGUACAACGAACAGGCUGCUCUCUCUCUCUAUCUCUCUCUCUUUCUCUCGCUCUCUCUGUCUCUCUCUCUCUCUCUGUCUCUCUCUGUCUCUCUGUCUCUCUUUCUCUCUCGCUCUCUCUCUCUCUCUGUCUCGCUCUCUCUCUGUCUCUCUCGCUCUCUCUGUCUCUCUCUCUCGCUCUCUCUCUGUCUCUCGCUCUCUCUCGCUCUCUCUCGCUCUCUCUGUCUCUCUCUGUCUCUCUCGCUCUCUCUGUCUCUCUCGCUCUCUCUCUCUCUCUCUUUAAAAAGCCAGCAUUGUGUUUACUGGGAAUCAGUAUACUGUAUAAUGGUGUCAAAGCUAACCUACAGCAGGGUUGGUAUAGAAAAUAUGAAGCUAAUGUUUAUUUGUGUGUGUAUGUGUUAUACGUGACUCUCUUGCUCCAGUUGGUGUGGUCGGCCAAGCACUGAGAACGCUACUGCUCAAUAUGUUUACAAUGCACUGAGUGCAUUGGAUUGGAAACAUGACGUCCAUUCUUUUGUUUGUAUAAAAGCUUUGUGAUACUCUACAACAGGAAGCAACACCUUCCUUCUCCUCUCAUCCUUUAUCAAUGGGACACUCAGCCAGGGGCAGAAACAGAGGGGUGGGUGGGGAUGUUAAGAUGGCAUUAACGUCCACCCCUGAAGUCCACGGGACCGAGUUUGGGAAACACUGAUAUAAAGAAUAGUGUGCUAUUUGGGACACCAGCAGUUCCUAAUCAGUGUUAUGGUGUUCUGCCACUAACCAGUAUGUUCCUGAUAAUCAGUGUUAUGGUGUUCUGCCACUAACCAGUAUGUUCUUGAUAAUCAGUGUUUUGGUGUUCUGCCACUAACCAGCCACUUUGAUGGAAUAAAUAUAGCUUUGGAGGACUGUCCUGUGCUGAGCACUCAAGAUGAUCCAUCCUGUGAUAGUGGCGUACCUAACCACUAUGCCCCUCCCAUGAGUAUAGAAAUGCAAUGUGGUUGUAUCGCCCCCUUGUGGUUGAGUUAAGUAAGUGCUGUGUCGGAGCAGAGUUGAGCCAGUGAUAUGUAAUAGUGGAGAUUGUGUGUGAGAUGAGGAGUUGGACAUUUUUUUUCCUCAGUUAAUGCUGGAUCAAUCGUUCUUCUUAAUAGGUUGUACUUUCUUCAUAUUAUUGUUUUCAUCAUAUUUGGUUUAUUUAUGAUUCUCUCUGUAGUCGUCAUUAUUUAAUAUUAUGGAUAUUCACAAAUA